GCGCGAGAGUCGUCAUGGCAACGGCGAAGUGCGUCGACGUCCGUCGCGCCAACGGCGGUUCAGUGCUGGAGUUGGACCCCAGCAGUGAUGGAGACGGGCGCGCCGACAUCGAGUCCGGCCGCGGUGGCGGAGCGACGUCGAGCCUUCCGCCGCUGGCGCCGGCGCCUAGGGGACAGCGGCUCGCCUCGCUCGACGUCUUCAGGGGCAUCACCGUCGCGCUGAUGAUCGUUGUGGACGAUGUUGGUGGUCUUGUUCCUGCCAUCAGCCACUCACCAUGGGACGGCGUGACAAUAGCGGAUUUCGUGUUUCCUUUCUUCCUCUUCAUCGUCGGAGUCUCCUUGGCCUUUGCAUACAAGAGGAUGCCAAACAAAUCGUUGGCAACUAACAAGGCUGUUAUCCGGGCUGCAAAGCUCUUCCUCCUAGGCCUUCUACUGCAAGGUGGCUUCUUCCACGGCAUCCAUGAUCUUACCUACGGAGUCGAUAUUCGCAAAAUAAGGUUGAUGGGCGUACUUCAGAGGAUUGCAGUAGCAUACUUAGCGGUGGCACUUUGCGAAAUCUGGCUGAGAGGUGGUGCCGGUGACGUUGGAUCUGGUGGCUAUUCGUUGAUCAGAAGAUACCGUCAUCAGCUGUUUGUGGGUUUGGUUCUCACGGUCACCUACACGGCGCUUUUGUAUGGCAUGUACGUGCCAGACUGGGAGUAUGAGGUCACGUCUCCGAACUCCAAUUUGAAGCAUUUUCUGGUGAAAUGUGGGGUGAGGGGAGAUACAGGGCCCGGCUGUAAUGCCGUUGGCAUGGUCGAUCGACGUGUUCUUGGAAUCCAACAUCUCUACAUACACCCAGUUUACCUGAAAACAACGCAAUGCAGCAUCAACUCCCCUCGAAACGGGCUGCUUCUGUCAGACGCUCCGACAUGGUGUGAAGCUCCCUUUGAUCCUGAAGGCCUCCUCAGUUCCUUGAUGGCAAUUGUGACCUGCUUGAUCGGGCUCCAAAUUGGGCACGUCAUUGUGCACUUCAUGGAGCACGACGAGAGAAUAGUACAGUGGUUGAUUCCAUCUCUAAGCUUGCUAGUUCUUGGCUUCUCGCUCGACUUGUUUGGGCUGCACAUGAACAAGUCGUUGUACAGUCUGAGCUACACCUGCGUCACCACGGGCGCCGCUGGCCUCUUCUUCGCAGGAAUCUAUUUGUUGGUGGACGUUUAUGGUUACAAGAGGUCGGCUUUCCCUAUGGAGUGGGUGGGAAAGCAUGCGCUGAUGUUUUUUGUUCUAGUGGCAUGCAACAUCUUCCCAAUCUUUGUACAGGGGUUCUAUUGGAGGGAAUCACAUAGCAACCUUUUGAAAUUCAUCAGAAUAGGAGGCUGAGAGCGAAGCUCAUGAUUUUGGAGCACAACAACGAAAUAUAAAAUACCGGUUUCUAAAUAGUGCACUAUGGACAUGCUGUAACACACACCUAUAAGUAGGACCGUGUCCGAGAAUUUAAAGGCCUAUGCUAAAUUUAGAAUUGGCUCAUACAUGUGGAAAAGUCAAUUGACAAUAUGGAAAAGUCAAUCAU